AUGUCAUCCCUCAACGACCUCAAACGCAAGGAUCUCUUCCAAUCGAAGGGCUACAUCAAUGGCUCGUGGGUUGACUCGUCGUCCUCCAAGACAUUCGACGUGGUUAAUCCCGCGAAUCUUGACAGGCUCGCUACUCUGCCUGAGAUGGGUGCUUCCGAUUGCGAUAAAGCCGUCGCUGCUGCUCACGAAGCCUUCAAAACUUACAAGAAGACCUCCGCCCGUGAGCGCGCCCGACUGAUGCGCAAAUGGAACGACCUUGUCAUCGCCAACGCAGAUGACCUGGCACUCAUCCUGAUGCUCGAGAACGGCAAGACACUCGCGGAAGCCAAGGGCGAAGUCCUCUACGGUGCCAGUUUCCUCGAGUGGUUUGCAGGCGAGGCGGAACGGAUCCAUGGCGAAUACGUCCCUCCGGCGAAUCUGAAUCAGCGUAUCAUUACCAUGCGACAACCCAUCGGCGUCGCCGCAUGCAUGACGCCGUGGAAUUUCCCCAUCGCUAUGAUCACACGGAAGGCCGGUGCAGCGCUGGCUGCGGGGUGCACCACUGUCUGGAAACCGGCAGGCGAGACUCCAUUGAGCGCACUGGCUCAAGCCGUCCUCGCUCAAGAAGCCGGCUUCCCCAAGGGCGCCAUCAACGUCGUCACAACGCUCAACAACGUCGCCGAGGUGGGCAAGGCCAUCUGCGAGGAUAAACGUGUCAAGAAGAUGAGCUUCACAGGCAGUACGCGCGUCGGCAAGCUCUUGGCUAGCCAGUGCGCGAACAGCCUGACCAAAUUGACGCUUGAGCUGGGCGGCAACAGCCCCUUUAUUGUUUUCGACGAUGCAAAGCUCGACAGCGCGGUAGAAGCAGCCAUCAUGGCCAAAUUCCGCAACAGCGGACAGACAUGCGUCACGGCGAAUCGGAUCUUUGUGCAGAAGGGCAUCUACGACAAGUUCGCCGAGGCGCUGACGGAGCGGAUUCGAAAGCUGAAGGUGGGCGCUGGAUGGGAGAAGGAUGUCUUCGUGGGACCGCUGACGCAUGAUCGCGCGGUCGAGAAGGCGAUGAGUCACAUCAACGACGCAAAGAAGCACGGCGGCCAAGUCGUCCUCGGUGGAUCUCCUCUGGAAAGGCAGAAAGGGUACUUCAUCCAACCGACCGUCAUCACGCACAUGAACCGCGAGAUGCUCACCACGCGCGAGGAGACGUUUGCCCCCGUCGUGGGCCUCUACGAAUUCGACAGCGAGGAGCAGGUGCUCGACUGGGCCAAUGACUGCGACGUGGGGCUGGGAUCGUUCAUCCAGACGGAGAACAUCGCGAGGAUGUGGCGUGUUAGCGAGGCGCUCGAGGUCGGAAUGGUAGGUGUCAAUCUGGGCCUAUUGAGUGCGAGUGAGAGCCAGUUUGGUGGUGUCAAGGAGAGUGGCUACGGCACCGAGGGAGGGAGGCACGGUAUCGAGGAGUAUUUGGUCUGGAAGAGCAUCUUGAUCAAUGUUGCGAAUUAA